AUGGACUGCUCGCGGCAAUUCGCUUCGUUGCUGCUCACCGCAGACCUCCCCGAAGAACUCAAACUCAUCCUCCGCGAAGGAUCGAUCCCGCAAAUCCUCGAAGCCACCUCCGCCGCCGCCCUCCUCCCGCGAUACACGGACGCCCUCUUUCUCCAACUGCAGCCAAUAUUCGCGGAGCUCUGCUGCAGAUGGAACCGAAACCAGCUGCUCUACGCAAUUCCGGCCCUGGGACGCAUCCUGCCGUUUGCCCCUCACUUGCCGCAGUUCAUAUCACAACCGCUCUUCCACGAUGAUAAUGGCCGACCGUUACGGCUGCCGACCUUGGAACAAACCCUCUUUCAGGGCAGAAAGGAGGAAGACCUGCGCGAACUACUCCUGGGUCUAUUUCGACUGUUGAGGCUGGACGACCGGACGUAUAGCGCUUAUAUUCACGCUGCCAAUCUUCAACUAUGCCUCUCGCACUCCUCCAUUGCCAUACGAUACCUGGCGACUCGUGUGCUCUGCCUCUUUGCGCAUGCUGCGGAUGCUGCAACAGCUCAGACCCUGCAUAAAUAUACGGCCGGACAGGCUGUCAAAGCCCUUUGGGACGGCAAAGAGAUCGACUAUACAUAUCUGAACAUAUGGGAGAGGAAACGGUUCGAAUCAAUGUCAGGGGCGGUUGAUGAGGCUCAAAAGCUGCAGUCGGAACUUCCAUCUGCCGCUAUGCGGCCUCUAUUUGUCCGACCUGAAGACAUGAGCCCUCACGUCGUCCCCGUCCAAGGGGUGCUUUUACCCCGAAUCCACAAGGGAUCCAUGGACGAAGUGGACGAGUCAUUCGUCGCUGUGCCCAGUGCGAUCUCCAACCUAGCUUCCUUUGCCAGGACUAUACUGGGAGGCCAUCCUACGCUUCUUACAGGAUUACCUGGUUCUGGCAAAACGUUCAUCAUCAACUAUCUUGCAGAAUUGAUGGGUAAACGAGAUACCAUGGUUACUCUGCAUCUGAACGAACAGACCGAUGCAAAACUACUGCUUGGUCUGUAUACGACCGACCCAGAAGCCGGGACAUUUGCUUGGGCUCCUGGCGUUCUCACUACUGCUGUGAAGGAGGGCCGAUGGCUCGUAAUUGAAGACCUUGAUCAUGCGCCCGAUUCCGUAAUCAGUACCCUAUUGCCGCUACUGGAAAGAGGGGAGCUGCAUCUGCCGAGUCGAGGUGAAGUCAUCCGAGCCGCGGAAGGAUUCCGAAUCAUCGCUACGAUACGAACCAUUCAAAGCUCUACAGGGACCGAGACCAUUUCCCGACCGAGGAUGGUCGGUUGGAGGUUUUGGGAACGAACUCAAUUGUGUCCAUUCUCCCUGCAGGAGGCCAAGGACAUCAUUCAAACCAAGUACCCGGAGUUGGUGAAGCAUUCCGGCUCCUUCACAACUCUGUUUGAGAGGGUAACCACGCUUCUCGCAUCGAAAUCAUUUUCAUAUGCCGCCAAAAAUGGCUCCAUUCGGCCGUUCCAUUUUGCCGAUUUGCUGAAAUGGUGCAGCCGAAUGUCGUGGAAAUUCAAACAUUCACGAAAAUUCGAUGACAAUGAUUUGGCCGGCAUGUUCCUGGAUGCCGUGGACAUAUUCGCAGCGAGCAUGCGCGACAAGGUUUUGCAGGACGCGAUGGUUGAGAACAUCGCCAUCGCCCUCGGCAUUGACCCUCAGCUUCGCGACCAUCUACUCGGUCGAAGAGAAAUCCCAGUGGGGUUCCCAAAGGAAGGAUCGAAAGCGUCGCUUCGUGUCGGACGCAUCCAACUACCAGUGUCCUCUUCGAUCAAGAGACACCUGGACACACAAGCUCUCGCUCUGAAUCGUCAGACGAGAUGCGCUCUCGAAAGAAUUUCGGCGGCAGUUAUGCAGAGCGAGCCACUUCUUCUUGUAGGCGAGACUGGCGCUGGAAAGACAUCCACAGUGCAGUACUUGUCAAAUUGCUCCAGAGCUACACUGCAUGUCUUCAAUUUGUCCCAACAGAGCGAAGGCAGCGACUUGUUAGGAAGCUUUAAGCCGGUUUCGAUUCGGGCUAUGAUGCAGCCUCUGAAAGCGCGGUUCGAAGACCUUUUCUUCGCCACAUUUGGGCAGAAGGCGAACGAAGGUUUCCUGACGUCCCUCUCCAAGUCUUUCGCAAAGGGCCAAUGGAGCCGGGUCUUCAAGCUCUGGCUCAACGCUAUCGAUCGCGUGCAACAAGCACCCCCAUCGCGGGAGCACGCUGAGAUCUCGACCGCUCAUCCGCGCAAAAAGAUCAAAACGGGGCAUUCCCACGCGGAGAGCGAGCCAGCCACGCCGUCGUACAAGUAUGUCUCGGAAUGGGAACAGUUUGCAGCGGAGGCAAGGGUUCUGGAGCAAAAGAUGAAGUCAUCACGGUCGAGCCCGCUGUUCGCGUUUGUCGAGGGGAACCUCGUCAAAGCUGCACGCAAUGGUCACUGGGUCUUACUGGAUGAGAUCAACCUGGCCCCGAUGGAGACUCUAGAGGCGCUUGCCGAGCUACUCGGAGGCGGAUAUCGAAACGAGAGGUUCUUAAUGUUGUCUGAGUCGGGUGAAGUCCAACGGAUCGAAGCCCACCGGGACUUCCGCCUGUUCGCCGCGAUGAAUCCCGCCACCGACGUAGGCAAGCGUGACCUCCCUGGCGGAAUCCGCAGCCGUUUCACCGAAUUCUACUUCGAAAGUCCCGAUCGCGAUCCGGAGUCGCUGCUGAUGAUCGUCAGCUCGUACCUGCGCGAUCCGCACUUCGACAAAAAGUCCGCGCCCGACGCCGCGGGUCUCUACCAAAAAAUUCAAGGGCUCGUGGAGUCGAAUCAGAUCGUGGACGGAGCGGGGCGUCGGCCGCAUUACAGUCUCAGAAGUUUAACCCGAGCACUGAGGUUCGCCGCCCUCAUGAAGCCCUGCAUGUCCGGCAGAGAGGCGCUGAAUGAAGGGUUUCAGAUGAGCUUUUCCACCUGUUUGGACAAUACUUCGGCGAUGGAGGUGACGAAGUUGAUUUCCGAGUCUCUGCUGGGACCCAAGUCAAACCGGACUCGGGCUCAGCGGGCAUUCAAGGCUCCCAACGAUGGGACAAAACAUGUCCAAAUCGGCGCAAGAUGGCUGAGAUGCGGAGACGGCAAUGCUGAAGACGUGUCGGACUACAUUAUCACACCCUUCAUCCAGAGCAAUCUUGACAAUUUGGUGCGCGCGGUAUCUGCGAGGCGGUAUCCGAUUCUGCUCCAAGGCCCGACAUCGUCCGGGAAAACGAGUAUGAUCGAAUACCUUGCUCGACGAUCGGGCAACAAAUUUGUGCGCAUCAACAAUCAUGAGCAUACUGAUCUGCAAGAGUACUUGGGCUCGUAUGUUUCCAAAGGGGGCGAACAAGUAGAGUUCCAAGAUGGGGCUCUCGUCCAGGCGAUGCGGAAGGGCUAUUGGAUUGUCCUCGACGAGCUGAACUUAGCCCCGGGAGAAGUCCUCGAAGCGUUGAAUCGGCUUCUCGACGACAACCGGGAGCUGUUCAUCCCCGAGACGCAGGAGACGGUCCUUCCGCACCCCAACUUCGUCCUCUUCGCUACGCAGAAUCCGGCGGGGCUGUACGGGGGUCGCAAGCACCUCUCGCGUGCAUUUCGCAACCGGUUCCUGGAGAUGCACUUCGACGAUAUUCCGACGGAAGAACUCAGCCAUAUCCUCUACCAGCGGUGUUCCAUGCCCCAAUCGUGGGCCAACCGGAUCGUCGCAGUGUACCAGCGACUCUCGCAACUCCGCCAGCAAAAUCGGCUGUUUGAGCAGAAGAGCUUCGCAACUUUGCGAGACCUCUUCCGUUGGGGUGGGAGACCGGCGUCGACGAUCGAAGAACUUGCGGAGAAUGGUUACAUGCUCUUGGCCGAGAGGGUUCGGAAGGAAGACGAACGGGCCAUGGUCAAGACCGCGAUUGAAGAGUGCAUGAGCAAAGCGCGAGCGCGUGUCACGAUCGAUCUUGAAAAGCUCUACAAUGGCGAUUUGACCAACAUGCAAAUCGACUAUCCUCGCAACAACGCCGCUUUUGUCGACACCUCUGCGAUGCGAAGAAUGAUCACCCUUCUCGCGCAUGCUUUCAGAAACCAUGAGCCAAUUCUCUUGAUUGGCGAAACCGGAUGUGGAAAGACCACAGCGUGUCAAGUCAUGGCGCUGCUCAAGGAAACGCUGCUGUUAACCGUGAAUGCUCACCAGAACACCGAGGCUGGAGAUCUUCUCGGUUCGCAACGGCCGAUUCGCAAUCGGGCCUCCAUCGAGUCUGAUCUCGUCGCGGCGUUGACGACUGCCCUUGACUUGCAAGGCGUAUCACAUCCACCUGCGUCAACUCUAUCCGACUUCCUUCAUGCCUACGACAUCUCUGCGAAAGAUCAAUUGCCAAAAGACCUCCAGAAAUCGAUCGAAGCGAAUCGUCUUCGACACUCUCAGCUUUUUGAAUGGUCGGACGGACCCCUUGUCCAGGCCAUGAGAGAGGGGAAUUUCUUCCUUCUCGACGAGAUCUCUUUGGCCGACGACUCUGUGUUGGAGCGGCUGAACAGCGUCUUGGAGCCGAAGCGGGAGAUUUACCUCGCCGAGAAAGGAGGUGAAGGCCAAAGCAUCCAGGGAGCCGACGGCUUCCAGUUCAUGGCGACCAUGAACCCGGGCGGAGAUUAUGGCAAGCGCGAGCUCUCUCCAGCCUUGCGAAAUCGCUUUACCGAGAUUUGGAUCCCCAACAUGACCGACCAGGAAGAUCUGCUCGUUAUCCUCGAAGCCAGGCUUGCUGCGCAUACACGGCCGUAUGGAAGCCGGCUGCUGCAGUUCGCCAAGUGGUUCGGGCAGCAAUACAAUACCGGAAUGACGGAGAGCAUAUCGCUGCGGAAAAUGUUAGGUUGGGUUCAAUUCGUCAAUAGCUUCCCAGAAACCAGCAUCCAGGAAGCCAUUGUCCAUGGCGCUGCAUUGGUUUUCAUCGACGCCCUCGGUGCAAAUCCUGCGGGCUUGAUCUCCGUUAAUCAGGCCAAUGUGGAAUCCGAACGCCUGGUAUGCCUGAACAGCUUGUCGGAGCUCUUUCAGUUCAACGCCACCUUGAUUUACUUCGUCACUGCCGACAUAGGGAUCUCGAACACUGCGAUAUCCGUUGGCCCGUUUCAACUUCCUCGGACAGAGACUCCGGCCGACAACGGGGACUUCAGCAUGGUUGCUCCAACGACUCGAUCGAACAUCAUGCGCAUUGCCCGAGCGAUGCGUUUGCCGAGGCCGAUACUCAUUGAAGGUGCGCCUGGCGUUGGGAAAACAACCCUGGUGCUCGAACUUGCUCGGUUACUCGGGAAACGAAUUACGCGAAUCAAUCUCUCGGAGCAGACCGAUCUCAUGGAUUUGUUCGGGUCGGACGUUCCAUCGGAAGGCUCGGAGCUGGGCAAAUUCGUUUGGCACGAUGCACCGUUUUUGACCGCCAUGAAACGAGGCGAUUGGGUGUUGUUGGAUGAGAUGAACUUGGCUUCGCAGCCGGUCUUGGAAGGUCUCAACGCUUGUCUGGAUCACCGUGGCGAAGCGUUCGUUCCAGAGUUGAACCAGACAUUCGCAAAGCACCCUGGUUUCAUGGUUUUCGCAGCCCAGAAUCCACAUCAUCAGGGCAAUGGUAGGAAAGGAUUGCCUGCCUCUUUCGUUGAUCGGUUCACUGUGGUAUACGCCGAGUCGAUGGUAGCUACUGAUUUCGAGCUGAUCUGCACACAAUCGUUCUCAGACCUUCCACAAGAUUCCAUCGAGAAGGUGGUCCGUUUCAGCGAGGAAAUCGGCAAGCAGCUUGACAACCGGCGUUUUGGAACCGUUGGAGGUCCCUGGGAAUUCAACUUGAGAGACGUUCGAAGAUGGCUGGAAUUACUGCAGUCACAACGACAGACUCUCCCUCACGUCCCGCUCGAACACUUUUUCAACCUCAUCUGCCUUCAACGAUUCCGCACUGGCGAGGACGCGGAGAAAAUCCGGCAGCUUUGCCUCGACGUAUUUGGGCCUCCCCCAGCCCCAGCAGCAUUCCACAACCUCUCUCAAGACCGAUAUCAAGUUGGCCUGGCGUUGCUCCCGCGGUCACUCGACACCGCCGAAAGCUCGACUCCUAUCACCAACCUCGGGGCCGGGGUUGGAUCUCUCCUUGAAUCUAUCGUCUUCUGUAUCGACAGGGCGUGGCCAGUUCUUUUGACUGGUCCGAGCGGGUGCGGGAAGUCUCAUGUCAUCCGUUACCUAUCAGCUAUGGCGGGCGCAAAGCUCGUCAAUCUUUCGCUGAACGCCGAUACUGACUCCAGUGACCUCAUUGGUGGGUACGAACAAUAUGAUGCGAUGAGGCAUAUUGCGACUGCCAUUGCACAGCUUCGUUCCAUUCUUCAAGUCCGAGUCAUCCAGAUUUGCCUUCAGACCGAGAACCAGUCUUCCCCUUCUCCUUUGGUGACAAAUUUGUUUGAGCUUCUUUCGGAUUUGUCUUCAUUUCCUCAAGUUGAUCUCAAGUCCAUCCUUCGCAAAGUCGACGAUGUUAUUGCCGUCCAUAGCAUGGAGGAUAUUGCUCCCAUCGCUUCUGAACUCUGGAGUCUCGCGCUUGAGGUGGCGCAGCAGCAGCAUGCACGGUUCGAGUGGGUUGAUGGAAUUGUAAUCGAAGCAAUGAGCCAGGGAUAUUGGCUUGUUCUGGAUCAAGUUAAUCUCUGCAGUCCAUCAGUACUUGACCGGCUGAACUCCCUACUGGAACCCGGCCGUACUCUCAGUGUCAGCGAACACUCCACGGCGACGGGCGAGUCACGGGUGAUACGUGCCCACCCCUCUUUCCGCAUCUUUAUGACAAUGGAUCCCCUUCAUGGGGAGCUCUCGCGAGCAAUGCGGAAUAGAUCGGUUGAGCUUCAUCUCCAGAAAGCGCCUCUCCAAAGCUCUACUCGCUUCCAUCAAAACCUCGAGUCAUUGACUUAUAGGCUUGAGAGAUUCGGCGUGCUCCCAUACUCUCAAAAGGAUGUGCAUUCAAAAUACGUAGUGGAACUCGUAUGCGAACAUCUUAGCCCACAUGAGCUUCAGCACAGCGAAGACUUUCUUGAUCUCAUGUCACAACAGCAUGUUGUUGAAGCCGAACAAACAGGCGGAUCGCUUUUCCUUUCGCUCAGUAAAGCGUUGGGUAGUUCCAUCACAAGAUGGAAUCACUUACAAGAAGGCUCCCUUCAAACUUUUGGACAGAGAUUCUCCUCUGCACAGGUAAAGAUUGUUUUCCUUCUUCUUCCUUUUCGAUCUUGCUUACGAGUCAAUCAGCCUAUCAACGCUUUGAACAAUGAAAUCUCCCUUUACAAUCAAGCGCGUUCCUCUUCAGCGAUCGAGUACGAGUUCGACCUGUUCGACUUGGUAGGAAGAGUUGCCCAGUUCCAUUCUUUCCUUCUCCAAGUUCGAGAAACGCUCGGAAGCAAGCCGGUUACUCAACUUGAGCUAUCCCUCGCUCUUGCAGAUCGCAAACCGAGCGCAGCGCUUCAGUUAAGUCGUAUUGCGGAAUUUCUCUUCGGCAUCGACCAUCUGUUGACAUCCAUGCUGCCAAGCAUGUUUAAUCACAUACCUUUCAAUGCGAAUACUCCCUUCGACCUUGGCCUAUUUAAUUGCCUAACUUUCCUUGGCCGCUCGCUUGUUCAAAGACUCUCGAAGACGGGAGGUCAUCUUGGUGGAUUAGGCCAACAAAUCCUAAGUCUCUCCACACUAAUAGACAGUAAUGGCGGGAUGCAAUCGGGCUUGGGCUUAGACAGGAUUUGGAAUCAGUUUCGACCGAUUGUGCCACCGUCCACCGCUCGCUUGCAAGCAUUACUCGAACUCGAAUCAGUGUCGGAUCAACUCGACUCCGUUAUGAAUCGGAAUUAUGCAAAUCUUCAGCUUUUGACCAACGUUCGGAACUCAAUGUUGAAAACUCUUUCUGGGCUUUGGAAAGAGACUGAGGGCGACCAUGAGCGGUUAGUUUCGCUGAUCCGAUCAGAGAUGAUGCGUCUUACUGAGGUUGCUGAUCCGUCCCGCGGAUUUGGCCCAUACUUUGCGGACGAGUUCAGAGAAAUGCUUCGAUUUGUUGACGACUACGAGUUCGUAGCUGGAGAUCCUGGUGCCAUUCAGCUGGCAGUACUCUCAGGGGUCCGAACAAAAGAUGUCUGCCUUAAUGAUGUCCAAAGCAACCAACUUGUGCGGCCACUGGCGAGCCUGAACAAAAUAACAGGUGGUGUUUCAGAGGCGGGCAUAACCAAUCGAUACGAGAAUUUGGCGAUCAAAUGCCUAGCCAAACUGACAAUACUGCCAGACAUGCGACUGAAGCAUCUGAAAGGUAUGCUUGUCGAGAUGCAAACCAUGGGACAGCAGCUUGCCAGAAACCCUGGGCUACUGUGCUCGAGCAGAAUGGAUUCUCUCGAUCGUUUGCUCCGAAGCAUGUUCGACCGUAUCGUGGAGUCGAACAACUGCACUCAAUUGCCUCCUUUGGAGAACACGACCGAGAUACAGCCAGAAAAAACCCGAUCUCGAUUCCUGAACCCAGUUUCCAGGUAUCUUGAAGCCCGCCGGUCCUCAUCUUGCAGCCUCCAUGAAGCAUCGUCCGCAUGGGUCUCAUUUGGUCUUGCCUGCAUAUACAUCACUGUCCCCAACGUUGAAUAUGACCCUGCAACCAGGGAGAUGCUUCAAUUGGAUCGAUUUGUUCGCAUGAAGAAUGACUUGAUGCAUCGCAUCGGAGGCGUAGAGACGUACUUGGCCGCUUUCGGCGCCUCGGACUCGAAUCUCCGGUUGACUAUGCUUCAGUCCAGGCUUGCUUUGACGGGCGAGUAUUCUGCAACGUUGCCUCGACUCCCGAGGCCGAAGAAAUCACAGAUGCAUCUCUUGCAGCGGGAUUUCAAUACUCUGCUUGUCCUCAGUCGUGGGAUCGAAGCGUCAUUCUUGAACAGCACGAACCCUCAGGUGGACGAAACGGCGCUAAACAAUCUUGCUCAAAUCAGUUUCCGUCUGAAGCAUUCAUAUCGUCACUACGAGGAUAUCACCUUCCUUGUGAAUGGUUUCAUCCACUGCCUAAUGCUUGGCCUGAUUUUAGCAAAGGAGGCCAAGAACGACAAGCAGGUGGACGACAUACAUCCCUGCAAAUCUCUUCAGUCCGUUGUGCCACUUUUGGGUGAUGAAGCUACACGAUUCGACCUACGAAAUUACGCACCGAUGCUUAUGUUUGGGGAUGAUUCUUUCAUAUCUGCUCUCCUUCAAGUCGUCUCGUUCCACUCCUGCGUCCAGGAUGACUUCACACAAUCCGACUCAAACGGCGAGAUUUUACAUACCGUCUUCCGUUCUGUGGAUCAAAGGUGGGCGUCCAAGCUUUCAAGUGACCAGGAUGUGGAAGCGGCGCGCACGAAAUGGUAUGCGUAUAGGGGAGCUCAGCAUUUGCCUGAAACUGAAGAAGAAGAACUGGAAGAACUGUUCCCUCUCUCCGAGGAGCAAGAAGGUGCGAACCCUGAUACAAUCUCGGGCUUGCUAUCCUCUAGAAGGCUCUGUGACUUGCACCGAGCACUAUUUCUUUCGAACGGUGAGGCCACUGAGCAGCUGAUUUCAUUACUGCAUCACAUGAAUCAGUGCCUGGCUCGUGACGAAUUGAGUCAGGAUGGCAUUUCGGUUCCAUCUGCAACAGUCUUCCCUCUCUUGGUCCGCAAGGUCAACGAGCUCAUCCGCGGAUAUUCCAGCGAUGUGUCACCCAGCAACCAGUCCAACUUCUAUAGCGGUGCGAACGUCUCGCAAGCUCGGAAGUUCCUUGAAAUUCUGGACAAUUGCCGCCGCCGAUUCCAGCAAAUUGGCGAAGCCUGGCCUGAUCACGCUGUUCCGAUCGAGGUGAUAUCGCUCUGCGAUGAGUUUGACGAAUCUCAGCAUGACGAGCCUUUGGCCAAGCUGAUAGCCAAAGCCGAAAAAAUACAUCGCUCAAUUCACAGGUGGCAGCAAGUGACGAGUCGGGAGUAUAGUGCCGCAGGACAAUACGAUACAUUGACGACGCUGAUUAUCGAUUGGAGACGACUGGAGCUGGGGUCUUGGGCUGGCCUUUUUGACGACGAGCUGAAGGCUUCCCAGGAAAAAGCAAAGGAAUGGUGGUUUUUAGGCCUCCGAAACAUCGUCAUCCUCCCCGAGGGCCUUGUGAUGGCUGGAGAAACCUCCAAGUCUCAUCUUGCCGACCUGUUGAGUGGUGUCCAUGAGUUCCUUUCCACAGCGCCGUUCGGCCAGUUCACCGAAAGACUCCGGAUACUCUCCCAAUUCCGAGCACACUUAGACAUGAGAUCGAAGCAUGUCAAGGGUCUUGCAGGCUUCCCAGAGGGACUGUCCAACAUACUCAACUUCUACGCUCUAUUUGAGGGUCAUGUCCAGAAUUAUAUCAAGGAGCAUAGGUCCGUACUGGAGAAAGAGAUCAAAACAGUGAUCCAGCUCGCAUCCUGGAAAGACCAGAACAUCGACUCUCUCGAGCAGAGCUCGAAGACAUCGCACCGAAAGCUGCUGAGGAUUGUCAAGAAACUUAGGACCGUCUUGAAUGAACCAGUCUCCUCGAUCGUCAAGAAAGGACCUGCACUUCAAAUCAGCAGCCUCACCCCAAAGACCAAACUCCACACGUUGACAAUCGAUAUACCCUCCGCCGCUCUUCCUUUGGCGGGGGGUCUUGGUCAAGUGGAGGCUUGGGAGAGCAGACCGAUGCGAUUUCAAAAUGCGUACGCAACGGCACAAAUGAUGACACGGAAGACUCCUGUUCUAGAACACGGUUUGCAGGAGUCACAAAUUCUCGAGGCUUUCCUCCACGACCUGAGUGGUAUGAUAUCGGAACUACAAAAGGAAACCCCAAAGACCUUGACCGAGGAGAAUACAGACGAGGUCAAAUUCCUAACGAUGAGAAAGCGUAAGUUACUCAACGAGACCAUUCGCCAAUUGAGACAUUUUGGGUUCGGUGGGAGUCUUUCCACUGCUACGCUUGCAAAUCAAGAAUCAUUGGCCCAAAUCUCCACGAUUUCGCGCCCUCCCGGGUGCGGAGAGGGAAUAUUUGACUUCCAGCAUGCCGAGCAAAGGUUUUUCAGGACCCUUCAUCUUGCCCCUCAGAUACGCAACGCUACUCAGGAGCAUUCUUCGGACUUGUCGCGCGAAGACGUUCAAAAAUGCGCAACAUUGUUCGAGGUGCUGCUUCACCAUACGAUUACUCAACGGACCCGGUCCUCAGACGUGUUGGACUCCUUCAGCAAAUUGGAAAGCAAUGUGCAAGCACUAUACAACAUGGCCGCUGCUAGCAAAGAAUCCAAGCUAUCCAAGACCACGGCUGAGAACCCCGUCAGCAUGGACAACUUCCUAGGAUAUUUGAUCCCUGUGUUGAACGUUGGCAUUCUGAACAUCAAGGAUCAAGCGGAAGUCGCUCAACUCGAGCGAGGGUCGUUCAUCAGUUCACUUCAGGAUUACGUGAUUCAGCUUCGGACCACGCGAGCUGAAUAUGCCGCUCUCCCAUCACUUCCUCAUGGGGUGACUUCUCUUGUGCAUCUUGAUUGGGAGCAAAAGGCAGAGAAAAUCACUCAGGCUCUACAACUUGAAUUGAUAGGUGCACGCGAGCACUUUCCAGAGUUGACAAUUAUGGUGGACAAAAUCAUCCCUUGGACUACACGCAGCUGCGUCAACGGCGGUCCCGAGCAGGAAACAAACGACAAUCGAAUCGACUCCUCAACUGUGGAGAGCAUCUUUGAAGUCUGCGAUGCCAUGCUCGUCUCAAUCCAAGAAGCGGGCAAGGCAGUAGAAACAUUCCCAGACUCGACUGAUAUCAAAUCAUGGUUGACUAAAUCAGGGCAGUCGAUGAAGAGUAUAACGGCCGGCCUCCAUCUAGAUUCGACCUCAAUCAGACUUGGAGCACUUCUGGAAUCCUUCUCACGCCUCGGUCAGGACAGUGUGGAAAGCCUUGGGCCUAUUCUUGUCUCAGUGCUUCCAAUCAUUGCACAAUUCAGGAAUAUCUCUCAAGCAGCAGUGUUGCGAAAUGCCAAGUACUACUCGCAACUCUGUGCUCUUGUGGAGUUCCUUGCCCAGACAUUCUCCAAAUUAGCUACUGAUGGCUUCUGCAAUCCACAGGACCUCAACAAUGAUGUGGAUGUUGGGGCAGAGAAGCUGGAAAGCGGUACAGGAUUAGGGGAUGGUGACGCCGCAGGAGCAAAUAACAUCAGUGGAGAGAUAGAGGACGAAGAAGAGUUGGAAGAUAUUGAAAAAGAUUCGGCGGAGAAAGAGGAUGGAGCGGAGGAUACUGCUGAGAAAGAUGCAAUCGAAAUGGGAGAAGACGACAACACUGGAAAGAUUUCUGACGUGUCAGAUUCUGAAGGUGAAGAUGACGACAAAUCCGAUGCUGAGGACGAUCUAGACGAAGAUGUGGGAGAUCUUGACAAUAAUGAUCCCGAUGCCAUAGACGAGAAAAUGUGGGAUGAGGCGGGAGAGAGCAUGAAGGAGGAAAAACAGAAGGAUCAAAAGGGCCAGCGGCAGGACGAAACUGAGCAGGCGGAUGACAACGGAGAGCCGGAGACCGAAGAGGGUGCGGAGGAGGACUUCAUCAGCGACAAGGAGAUGGGGGAAGAACAGGAUGAACAACGGCCCAAUGAGGAGCAUGACGUUCUCGAUAUGCCCGAAGACCUCGAUAUGGAUGGAGAUGAGUCGACGGCAUCUGAAGAUUCCUUUGACCGCACAAUUGAGGAAGACAUGCUCCCAGAAGACAGCGCCCCUCCAAAGGAAAAGGAAGGUAGCGUCGAGACGGAAGAACCCGACGAAGAAGGCGUUGAAAAUCCACCGGGCCAGGACAUUGAUGAUGAAAUGGAAGAUGAAAUGGAGGUUGACGAGGAAGAAAAUCCGGACGUGUCGGCGGAAGCUGAGGAUGUGGAUGGCAUGGAUGUUGAUGAGGAAGAUGAAGCACCGAAAAGUCAACCACAGGAACAAACGAAUGGUCUCUCACAGAAUGAGGAGGCUAACCAGGGUGCCGACCAGACCGAAACGCACGACUUGACCACCGAUCAAGAACAGGAUGCGGAAAAUGGCCCAGCAGAAACAGUGCCUUCAACAGCUUCAGCGGAACCAAAGAACGAGCAAGAAGCUGAUGAGGCCAUCCCUGGCGCUGAAAAGGACCCCGACAACACGCGUUCUGAUGGCCCGCCUUCCGAAGAGGUAUCACGCUUCAAGCGUCUUGGAGAUGUUCUGGAAAAAUGGUUCAACAAGCAAGUCAAAAACAGUACCCCUCAAGAAAAGCAAGACAAUACAAAGUCCGAUCAGGACAUGGCAAAGGCUGAGCUGUCCCACGUCCAAGAGGGCGACGAAGAGGGUGAUGGGCAGGCUCUUGGUACUGCUUCGAAAGACCAGAUACGAGCCUUGGAUCGCGAGCAAGGGAUUGACGUCGACGAUGAGGAUGAAGACGGAGUGCCUCUAUCUCCCCAAUCUUCACACGGAGGAUCGGAGGAUGCGAAUAUGGACGACAACGAAUCUACGAUUGAUGGGCAGGCGCAUUCUUUCGGGCCGAACGCAACGGCCAGAGAUCCUCAGGCAGAUAAGGAUCAAGACGCCGAUGCGAAAUCCAUUGAUGACCUGGACCUAGCCGACGACAUGGACGAACAGAUGGAAUCCAUGGACCUAGAGGAUCGGACACCUUGCCUUGAAGAUCUACAAGAUGCCGAUGCCGCGCGUUCCCUUUGGAAACACGACGAGGCGCGGAUCCGGCCCCUUGCGCUGGCGCUCACCGAACAACUCCGCUUGAUCCUCGAACCCACGCUGGCGUCGAAGAUGCGGGGCGACUUCCGCACUGGCAAGCGACUGAACAUCCGGCGCAUCAUCCCCUACAUCGCGUCCGGCUACAAGCGCGACAAGAUCUGGAUGCGCCGAUCCAUCCCGACGCGACGCACCUACCAGAUCCUGCUCGCGCUGGACGACAGCAAGAGCAUGGCGGAGAACCGCAGCUGGGAGCUGGCGCUCGAGAGCACAACGCUCGUGUCGACGUCCCUCAACAUGCUGGAGGCCGGCGAGUUGGCCGUGGUCGGGUUCGGGGAGGACGUCAAGGUGGUCCAUGAAUUUGGCAAGCCCUUCUCCAACAACGCUGGUGCCGAACUGUUCGGACAAUUUACCUUCCAGCAAUCCAAAACGGACAUCCUGAAAUUGCUGAGGCGCAGCAUCGGGAUUCUUCGAGAUUCGCGCGCGCGACAAUCCGGCUCCGCCGCGGAGCUCUGGCAGUUGAUGAUCGUCAUGAGCGAUGGGCACUGCGAGGACCAUGAACGACUACGGGCCUUGGUCAGACAAGCGCAAGAGGAACGGGUCAUGGUCGUGUUUGUCGUCCUGGACGCCGCCAACGACACCGGCAACGGUUCCACCGAGAAGAAGUCCAGCAUUCUGAACCUUCGUUCCGCGGAGUUUGAGCAGGAUGCGAAUGGCGAGACAAAAGUGGUGUGGCGGAAUUAUUUCGACACGUUCCCGUUCCAAUGGUACGCGCUCGUGCAGAACAUCGAAGAGCUGCCAUCGGUUUUGGCCAAUGCUUUACGGCAGUGGUUUGCGGAGGUGGCGGUUACUGGGGGUUAG